AUAGAGGCUGAGCCAGCUGUCUCGCAAAGGAGCCUCCUCCUUCCUGCCCUGGCCUCUGCCACCUUCCAGCUGGGCCCUCUCUCUUGUCUGCUUGCCCAGAUGCGCCAGCAACCAUGAGCCGCCAGUUUAGCUCUCAGUCGGCGUUUAGCUCAAGGAGCAAGCGGUUUUAUAGCCUCUGCUCUUCUGCAGGCUCUGGUGGUGGGAGGUGGGCUGUGGGGUUUGUGGGUCAGGCCCGAGGGUGGUGUGGUGGUGGAGGGUAUGGGGGCCAUGUGAGGGGGUUUGGCUCCCAGAGCCUGUACAAUUUGGGUGGCAGUAAGAGCAUCUCAGUGAACCUAGUGGAGAGAAGCACCAGUGGUUUCCGCCAGGGUGGGGGAGGGGGAGUGGGAGGGGCACUUGGAGGAGCCAGACACUUUAGGGGUGGUGGCUCUGGAGGUGGUGGUGGCUCUGGAGGUGGUGCUUUUGGUGGUGGUGGAUCUAGAAGUGGUGCCUUUGGGGGUGGUGGCUUUGGAGGUGGUGGCUAUGGAGGAGGUGGUUUUGGGGGUAGCAAUUAUGGGCUUGGGGCCUUUGGUUUUUCUUGUCCCCGGGGGGGCAUCCAAGAGGUGACUAUUAAUGAGAGCCUCCUACAACCACUUGACCUGGAGGUGGAUCCUGAAAUUCAAAGGAUCAAGACCCAGGAGCGGGAGCAGAUCAUGGAUCUCAACAACAAGUUUGCCUCCUUCAUUGACAAGGUGCGAUUCCUGGAACAGCAGAAUCAGGUGCUACAAACAAAAUGGGAGCUCCUGCAGCAGAUAAACACGUCCACUCGGACCAACAACCUGGAGCCCAUCUUGGAGAACUACAUCAGAGACCUGCAGAAGCAGGUGGAUUUCCUCAAUUCGGAGCAGAUGCGCCAGAACACAGAGAUCAUGAGCAUGCAGGAUGUGGUGGAGGACUACAAGAACAAAUAUGAGCAAGAAAUCAACCAGAGGACCAACAAUGAGAAUGAGUUUGUCAUCCUGAAGAAGGAUGUGGAUGCUGCUUACCUACAGAAAGUGGACCUACAGUCCAAGGUGGACGUUCUGUCGGGGGAGGUCAAUUUCCUGAAAUAUUUAUUUGAGAUGGAGCUGUCCAAUAUGCAGACCCAUAUCAGUGACACCAAUGUCAUUGUGUCUAUGGACAACAACCGCUCCCUGGACCUGGACAGCAUCAUCAGAGCCGUGCAGGCCCAGUAUGAGGACAUCGCCCAGAGGAGCAAGGAGGAGGCGGAGGCGCUGUACCAGAGCAAGUACCAGGAACUCCAGAUGACAGCAGGAAGACAUGGAGACGAUCUGAGGAACAGCAAGAUGGAGAUUGCAGAGCUCAACCGCACUAUCCAGAGGCUGCAAGCUGAGAUCAGCAACGUCAAGAAGCAGGUUGACCAGAUGCACAUGGUCAUUUCGGAUGCAGAGGAAAAAGGAGAUCGGGCCCUUCAGGAUGCAGGGCAGAAGCUGCAGGACAUGGAGGAGGCCCUGCAGCAGUCCAAGGAGCGCCUGGCCCGGCUGCUGUGUGACUACCAGACACUGCUGAGCGCCAAGCUGGCCCUGGACGUGGAGAUUGCCACCUACCGCAGGCUGCUGGAGGGCGAGGAGAGCAGGAUGUCCGGAGAGCUGCAGAGUCUCGUGAGCAUCUCUGUGCAGAGAAGUCAAGUGUCUGUCGGCGGUGGCGCAGGAGGAGGCUCUGGUCGAGGCUCUGGAGGUUACGGCGGCGGCGGCGGCGGCGGCGGCGGCGGCGGCAGCUCCUAUGAGGGUGGCGGGGGCUACGGAGGGGGUUCCGGAGGGAGCAGUGGAGGUGGUUAUGGGAGUGGCAGUGGCGGAAACUACGGAGAGAGCAGCAAAGGCAGAAGCAAGUCGGGAGGCAGAAACAGUCGUUCCUCCAAACUGCAGAUCAUCCAAACGUCUACCAACACUUCCCAUACACAUAUCGUGGAGUAGAGGCGAAACUUGCUAUGACCCUGCUCCUGUCUCCUCCCCUACGUCCUUCUCAUACCUUCUCAUUUACCUUUUCUCGAUGGCUCUCAGCAGUUUGGCCAAUAAAGUCUACUCUAGAUGGGGAAGCAGGUGGGUCACGGCAAGCAACAGAUCUAUCUAUGGAGGACCCUGGCUGGCAGUCAGAACAGCGCGACUGUCACCUUCCCAACUCACACCUCACACACUAAGCAGGGCCUGCCCAGAGCCCAGGUUAGCCUGGAGGAAAGAGCAGCUAUAGGUGGAUAGUGGAGAGUCCACGUGAAACACACUGGUUUCUCAGUCCCAUGCUCCCUUUCCUGUCCAUGGGCUGCCCUAGGAACAAGAAUCCAUCCCUCAGGGACCCACAGAAUGAGGCUUUUGGGUGGGUGGGGGUUGAGGACGCAAGCUAGCUUGUCCCUCUGUGCCAGGGACCAAUUCCUGCUUCUUGGUCUGUAGCCUCACUGCCAUGUGGAUGGAGACCGUGGAUUGGCUGCCCACAUUGGACAUCUACAAGUCAUAUCUGGGCCUGAUUCUGAAUUUCUGUCUCAAGAAGCAUUAACCACAGGAUUAACAGUCCUGGAUGGGAGUAUUUCAGAGAGCCCAAGUUUUUGUCCACAGGGAGGACUGUAGUGAGCAGCGAAUGGAGGAGUUGAUGGACAAGCAAUGAAAUUCUGUUCUGUCCUGCCCCUCCUGCCAGCUCCAUUCUUUGGAAGCCUGGCCCUUUCUGAAACCUGCUCCAUAAUGUCCAUCUUCAGAAUUGUCCAACAGUCUGCGCACAUGCGGCCCAGCUCUGCUCUGUCCAGGUGCCCGGGCCCUGAGCACUUUAGGAUCAGACUUGAGUCUUGGGAAGUUCAGUCUGAACCCUGAUGCAAGAUGCCCUUUGCUUGCAAGGUAGCUUAAUGCUCUUCCCCAGACCCCAGAGUCCCUUCUGCCUUCCAUUCUCUGUGACGGAGCACUGUGUGAGAAUUUGACUCUUCAUUUUAGGCCUUACAUAAGAUGCUUGAGAUGUACUGAAGGGGACAAUAAAGGGAAAAAAUUGAUCAAUACUUGGGCCUUGAGAGAGGGAAGGUGGCUUUGCUUCUAAUGUCUGGAGUUACCUUCACUUGCUUCCUGAGUCCUAACACAAUGCCCAAGCUUGUGAUUCUCCUGGAGCACCUGACGUGCCUGCCCGGUGUGGGUCCCUUGGGGGCUGCUGUGACAUCAUUUCCUGGUUGGCGGUGUUUCUACAAUAAACUUUUCUGUGAUCUUAAA